AUAGCACUGCUCGGCUUGGUUGCUAGCGUGUGUUGGGGGCUUUUAAAGGAAGCUGGGAGGAUAUGGCGCGUAGGCUUUUGUGAGCAGAGCGGUCAAUGUUCUAUUGUGAAAUGACAGGGCUCACUGCAGAGAAACCACACGGAGCAGAGGAAGUCGUUGACCGACCAUCUCAAAGGAGUCUCUUUUCUGUCACUCACUGUCAGAAAUUCGCCUCCGCUGUCAUCUCAGGGUGUCAAGAGCAGGGAGGGCGACAUGAAAUAUUCCAGCUUUUAACAGCGACCGGUGCAGCUGAUUCUCUCUUCUGGAACCAGAUCAUGAGGAUCUCCUUGUGCCUGCUGCUUUUCUCUGUGGUCCAUGGUGGAGGUUGUAAAGAAAUGGAAGUGGCUGCAAUUGCAGGGGAAUCCGUCCAGUUACUGCCACUGAAAUUGCCGGAGCCUUGGGCAGAAAUCACCUGGGAGGUGACACUAGACUCAGCAGAGACGUAUCGGAUUGUAACAUUUAACAAAGGGGACCCUGACCAUGGGUCAUCCCCACAUUUUAUCAACAGAGUCACUUUCUACCCUGAGAAUCUCUCACUGCAGAUUGAUCCCGUUAAGAAGUCAGACAGUGGCCUAUAUUCCUUGCAAAUUGAAACUGGAGGAGGCCUUAUCGACAUCACAAAGUUCCAUGUCUCUGUGUUUAACCGAGUGCGGCAGCCAAACCUCACGGUGCUCUCUACCCACCCGGAGCUUGGCCAGUGCAACGUUACCCUGUCCUGCUCGGUGCCUGGCGCUGACAGAGUCACCUACAGCUGGUCCCGAGGCACGUCCUGGAUCCCAUCUGACAGGGACCAUCAGCUCCCUGGGAACCAAUCCCUGCUGCACGUAGCAAUUAAUGCAAACAGCAGUGACAUCUUCUACCGAUGUAACGCUAGUAACCGAGCCAGCUGGGCCGCAGACACUGCAGAUGGCAAAUCAUUGUGCCACUCCCCAGCUACAGACUUUUUUCAGAAAGUCCCACUGUGGGCAAUUGUUGCUGCAGGUCUGGGGCUGCUGCUUCUGCUCACGGUGCUCACCCUCAUCUUCCUCUGCAAGCAUCGGAAGAAGCGAAGCUCCUCCAAAGACGGUGACCCGUCCCUCACCAUCUAUGAGGAAGUGGAGGACGCCGGCCGCAGAAGAAAUGCUAAUGGAAAUGCAGAGAGCAGAAUAGUAGGAAACACCAUCUACGCUGAGAUCAACUCCAACCCGCAGGUAGCAGACUUCACGGUGUACGCUGCUGUCCAGAGGCCUCCUUCUGUCAAGAGGAAGAAAAUCAACCCGUCCUUCAUCUCGACCAUCUACACGGAGGUUCAAGAAGCCCCUUCCAAACCCAGGCGUCCUCAAAUGCAGCGUCCAUCUUCACCUAAUCCUGGGCAUCUGUAUUCAUAGCUUCCGCAGCCCCUCGCUGCAGGACACCACCUUCCUUUCUUUAAAGGCCUUUUCCCCGUGGAGCGAGCUCCUUGCUGAUGGACAGACCUUCACCUGUGCAGAUAAGCACAGCUUUGAUCAGUGCUGCUUGGAUGCACAAGACUUUGGUGUUUUUUAUCUCAUUGCACUCAGAGCGGAAAUAUCACAAUAACAGCGUCUUCAUUCAUAUUGGGCAGUCCCAGGCCAAACCAUGAAGGCUCACUGAAAACAAAUAAACCAAGGGAGCAGAGAACAUA